GAAUUUUUUAAACUCAUUAUCAAAAUGCCAAUUAACUUAAUAACCAUAGUAGAAAAAAUAGGGAUCAAUGUUAAUAAUUUGAUCGAAAACGUUUUCGGCUUUCUCGCCAUAAUCAGUCAAAUUACAACCUGAUAAUCAACUUUAUAAUCACUCAAAUGAGGAUUUUUCCAGGUACUUCAAAUGGAUGCGCAAGCUCUACAACAACUUAGAAAGCAUAUGAAAGAAUUGGCCACUAAACGCGAAGUAUUAAUCGCCAAAUUGGAGAGAAAAUAUGGUUCCAAUGAAUGUGAAAUGGAACAAGUAUUGGAUUGGGAUGACGAGGAUGACGGAAGCAAUGACCAAGAAGCAGUGUGUCAUCAGAGUGAUAAGGAGAAUUGUGCUCCUGAAGAGGAAGAAACUGAAGAUGCAGAAGAUUGUGAAAUGAGUGCCCAAGAAGUUGAAAUGGACGAGACUGUUCUAAAAAUUCAUAACGAGACGCUGAAAAAAUCCGGAGCAGCGGCACUUGAGAAAACAUUGAAUCAAACGUCAAAUAUGAACGAGUCAGUGGCAUGUUACUUAGGCCAUCUUUCACGAACUGCAAAAGCGCUCUUUGUUGAUGCUUCUAUGGCUUCGAACAUUUCUUCUGAAGAUAUGGAACAAAAAAUCGCAGAUAUCCACGAGACGGUUGAUAACAACUUGAACGAUUUUGUUCAAGUGGCAGUUGAAACUGAACUUGAACUUGAAGAAACUCGACUGCAGAAUUUGGCCGAGGAUGAUGAAGCUGACGUGAGGCGAUCUUCAAGAAAAAAGUAUCCACGGGGUUUCAAUCUUAACCGGGCUGUUGAUGAUCUUAAAAUAAGAGAGGAGGAAACAAAAAGAGAGAAAAAGCUGAUUGACGCUGAAUAAACUUGAUUUGAAAACAUUUUCCUUUUGCGUUUGUUGAAAUUAUUGAUUUUCUUGAAUUAUGAAAUGUUGAAUUAUUUAAAUCAUCUUGAAGAGCGUACAUAUGAUUUUUUUUGUGUACAAAGAGUAGUUUGUGUUGGUCGACUGCUAAUUUAUUUUUCGCCAUAA